AUGGAGACGUAUUACGGGCACGUUCGCACACCUGCGGACGCCAUUAUUCUUUUCGAGGCUUGCCGCAUCGGCCUUCUACCUCGUGUGCAAAGACGAUUAUCAGAGAAAGAGCGACAAUCGAUCCGUUCUGGUUCGGUCUUUGUAUGGGAUGAACGAGAAGCGGGUAUGCGGCGAUGGACUGAUGGGAAGUCAUGGAGCGCCAGCCGUGUCUCUGGUAGCUUUUUGACCUAUCGCGAAAUGGAAGGCAAGCGUGGAGGUGGCAGUGUCUCUCAGGGCUCUGCCUCUCGAGGAGGCAAGACACCUGAGAGUCGGGGCAGCGACGAUGACCGCGCCGAUGGAACAGACGAGGGACCAGAUGGAUACCGUUACAAACCAGAUGGUCUGAUGAAACAGUCUUUCAGUAUCACGACCUCCAACGGCCAACACUUGCAUCUGAUAAGCUACUAUUCACGGUCCCACCCUUCUGCCGCCAACUUACAACAACCAACUUCGGAUCCUGCGCUGCGUCAUGUUCGACCCCAGAAAGGUCUCUAUCCCGAGUCGACAGUCAAUGAUCAGCAAAAUCUCCCUGUCGUUACCCGUGGACCUAUGCCAGGCGCUGCUUACCCCAUAACUCCUCAUCCCCUCGGCGCAUACCCCCGCGUCACCCAUACACAGCCAUACCCGCCUGCCUACGCUUGGCCGCCCACCCCUCUAGCUACACCACCGACUGUCUCGGUUCAAUACGGCCCUGGUCCUUCUUAUCUCCCCCCGGUAGGUGCCAAUGGACAUCCUCAUUAUGGCCCGCCACACCACCAGCCUCCACCCCAUCAGCAUGGCGGUGGACUCCCACCGCCUCCACACGGGAUGACAGGCCCGUAUGAUCGACCACCUCAUAUGGAAUCAACAUUACCUCCAGCUGGACCGCCGCCACAACAACAACAACAACAACAACAACCACAACCACAACCAAGCUACAUGAACCGGUCGCCGCGCUCAAUACACGACCAUGCUCACGCCCAAGCCCACGCCCAUGCUCAAGCCCACGCCCAAGCCCAAGCUCAAGCUCAAGCACAAGCUCACGCUCACGCCCACGCUCACGAGCAACGCACCCCACCGGUCUACGGACAUGCUCUAGUUGAUCCUCGCAUGGCAUCGCCGCGCGUGCCAGUCCAGUCCCUGGCGCAAUCAAAUGGACACGCGCGCAGCCCUCGCCUGGUGAAGCAGGAGCAUCCCGCCGCGUUGCCCUCUCUCAAUCCCAUCGCCGCGUCACCGAAGUCUUCUGAUCCCCACUGGCCCCCCCUUUCCUCCUCCACUGCCUCUCCCGGUGGCCCCGCCGCGAGCUCGAACGGCACCCCCGUACAGAGCUCUUUCGCCGAGGGGCCACGAGAUAUCCCUAAUGAGAAGAUCGGAUUCGGAGGCGAGGACACGAGGGCACUGCGCCAGCUGGACCGCGCCUUCAUCGCAUGAAGUGUUUGAUGAAGCGGUUAUCUGAUGCAUUCACUCAACCGGUGAAAACAGAAAGAAAAAGAAAAUCCAUAUCAAACCCGAACCCGUUUCACAUGAUUGAUGCCCAGCUUAACCUCACGCUUUGUCUUCGUGUCUAUGUCUCUUUACUUGUUGCGGCUCCCUACAGAGGGGAGUCUUGUUGCUGUUUCAAGUGAUAUCCUUUUUGUUUUAUCUUUGUAUUUGUCAUUAUUAGCAUCUUGCAUGGGUCGGGGCAAUUCGAAUUCUUGUUUUUCACAUGUGAUCGGGCCAUGGCUACGGGUUCAAUGGAACCUGGUCAUAUUAUGCAUUGGGAUCGGUCUACACGGUUGGGAUACGGGCUUUAUUUCUAAAUGGGCUACUUGUGUCUUGUCAAUUGACUUUCUUCUAUCUAUCCA